AUGGAACACUACCGCACAGAGCACAAAGACGCUAAAGAGAAUCACUUGAACAGCAAUGCCACCACGAAUGGUGAUCAAGACUCACGAGAUGUCCGUUACGAUCUUCGUCUCCACAAGCUUCUCAGCACCGCCGGUCUGCAAAAUGAAGCAGAUAAUAUCACCGCAGAUGGAGACCACGACGGCAGUGGAGAGAAUUAUCGGCUCGAGAAGGAUGAGUAUGAUUUGGAUUAUGCAUGGGUAUUCGGCGGAUAUGUGUCAGUGCGAGAGGAUUCGAGCUCCAAGACCCAAAAAGGCAACUAUUCGAGCAGCCUGGUCAGUGGCGGUGUAUGCAAGAUGACGAUGGGACUCACAAAGGACUCAGAUCACAAUCUGAGGGCCGAGUCACUGUCUGGUUGUGAUGGCUCUUUAGGUAUGCAACCUAGUGAUUAUGAAAAAUGGAAUCGCGAGCACGACGGCGGCCACGCUCGACGAGACGUGGAAUUUGUAGAGGUUCGUAGCAUCGACUGA